AUGUUGGAUUCAACCAGUCUGAGUAAUCGAAACAGAUCAAUAAAUCGUCAGAAGCCACCUUUAUCGGCUGAAUCAAAUGCCAUUUCGAACGCAAAACAUCCGCGCUGCAUCAUCUAUCGACAAUUCAGUGAAGCUUUGCAAUGGUUCAACAUUCACGAAUUUCCCAACACGCUAAUAUUUUCAUCACUCACUGCGAUAGUUCUGCUUCUGCUAGUUGUUCUUGCCGACAAGUGUAACCAAUCAGUUGAUUUCGCAUUGCCUGCUCCACCUACUCUAACAGGUGCGCUAAGCCCGAAUCGCUUACUUUCUAAUGGCGAUCGCCUUCUCGAAGGCGUUUUAUACGGGCCCGAAUCGUUAGCGCUGCACAUAUCUUCUGAUUUCGUUUAUACGGGACUUAAGACAGGUCACAUCGUAGGGUUGAAGAUGGAAAAAAAUCGAUAUGGGAUGGAGAUUGUGCAUAAAUUCGAACCUAUCAACGAUGUGCAGGGAUGUGAUGGAAGCUAUUUGAUGCAGCCACUUUGUGGGCGUCCUUUGGGAUUGAGGUUUCGGAAGCACAACACUAAUGUUCUGUUGGUAGCGGAUGCUUAUCACGGCUUGUAUGAACUGGACAUAAGGGAUGGUAAACGAACAAUGAUACUGAGCAAUGGAACACAACUGUGGAAUGCAUCAAAUGCGCUACCAUUGAGGCAUUUCAAUGAUUUUGAUGAAACAGAAGACGGAAAAAUUAUACUCUCAGAACCAUCAAUGAAAUUCUCUGAUCGAGACUGUUUGUACGCGAUGAAUGAGCAUGGUGCCGACGGUAGAGUACUUGUAUUCGAUGAACGCAAGCGACGUCUCAGCGUAUUAAUUGAUCGCCUACAAUACCCAAAUGGCAUACAACUGACCACGGAUCAACGUUGUGUGCUGAUUGCUGAGAUGGGUAAUUUGAGGAUUCUGAAGCAUUGUUUCGAUUCGAAUCCUUCAUCAAAUUAUUCUACGCUCGCAGAUAACCUACCCGGUUAUCCCGAUAAUAUAAGACUUGCAAUGACUGGUUCAUUGUGGAUACCACUAGGACAAGUGCGAUUAGACGACGAUCGUUGGAUUACAACACGGCCUUGGUUGAGAAACCUAGUAGCUGUGUUGUUCCCUCAGUGGUUAUUUGCAACGUUAUUGGACUGGCUGAAUCCAAUGUACGGAAUGGUAUUACUUAUGCAUCCAGAGAAUGGCUCAAUUAUUGAGAGUUUUCAUGAUGCGCAUGGUGAAACGAUAACUUCAAUAUCGCAUGUUCUUGAGAUCGGUAACGAUACAAUCUUAUUGGGUGGUGACGAUAACAACUUUCUUGUUCAAUUGAACACCUCAAAACAUAGAAACUGA